AUGGGUGGACUCGGUGGUAAUAUGCUCUCACCUGCACUCCCGGUUGUCGCGUCACAGUUCAACGGUCUGAGCAAGCUGGGCUGGGUCAGCGGAGCAUAUUACAUGACUCAGUGUGCCUGCAUGCUUCUAUUCGGACAAGCAUUAGCCCUAUUCAAUGGGAAAUACGUGCUCAUUUCGGCAAUCGUGUUCUUCAUGCUGGGUUCUGCUGUCUCCGGCGUAGCCCACAACAUUGAAACGCUGAUUAUCGGGCGAGCUAUUGCUGGCAUUGGAGCCGCUGGCUGCUGGGUCUCAGUACAGACAACGGUUGCGGCAUUAGUGGACCUGGAGUCGCGUCCGCUGAUUCUUGGACUUUUUGGAAUACAAAAUGCAGUAUCAGGAACCUGUGGACCUGUCCUGGCCGGCGCUCUGACAAGCCGUGGCCAAUGGCGGUGGUGUUUUCUUUUGGUCUUGCCACUCGGUGUCAUUAGCAUCAUACUGAACCUUCUUGUUAUCCCGUCACUCCCGCCGCGGCCAAUUGCGAAGGAAACUGAAUCGAAGCUUGAUCAGAAGCUCGAGUCUUGGACCAAGGUCUCUUGGAAAGACAAAUCGGUAUGGCUCAAGAGAGCUCUCUUGGUUGAUAUAACAGGGUAUCUUCUCAUUACAAGUGCGCUGGUAUGUUUUAUCCUAGCAGUUCAAUGGGGCGGAGACGCAUAUGCGUGGGGCUCGUCCGUUGUUAUUGGUCUUUUUGUUGGAUUCUUCGCCAUACUUGCGGCCUGGCUCCUUUGGGAAUGCAAGACCACUUGGCCGCUGGUGGUGCCUAGGAUAUUCCUCGAUCGCACAGUUGCCGGUGCCACGAUAAUGGCUAUGCUGAAUCUCAUGUGCAAUCUGUUCGCAGCGACUUACCUUCCUGUUCUCUACGAAGCAGGUCGAGGCGUCUCGUCUCUCAAAGCAGGGGCUCUUGUUAUUCCUUUUUUGAUGUCUGUUGUUGUGGUUCAGGCUUUACAAGGAUUUAUAAUGACUUGGACAAAGCAUUUUUGGACUUGGGGCCUGGUAGCCCCAAUAUUCCUUGCUAUCGGUGGAGGCUUGCUAUUCACAGUCGGUGGUGACACAAAGUCUAGCACUAUAAUUGGGUAUCAAAUCAUCUACGGGACUGGCGUUGGCCUGGUACAGAAUGUGCCGUAUAUUGCGGUGCAGGCUGAUAGUACCUCGGAAGCAAUUUCCAGUAAAAUAGCGACAGUCUCAUUUGGACAGUUGUUUGGAGGAUUGUGCGGGCCAGUCAUUGGUGGUGCCAUUCUAGAUAGCGAGCUCACAACACGCUUAGCCACAAGUGGUGUAUCAAGCACCGUGGCCAGUGCAGUCAAAUCGUCUGUUGACGCAGUUUGGGUGCUGAAAAGGGGCCAGUUGCGGGAUAAAGUGGUUGCCGCAUAUAUUUCGUCUUUGGAUCGUAUUUUUAUUGUAUCAGUUCCGGUUUCACUCCUUAUAAUUGUUGCUGGAGCAUGUAUCCGAAAUGUUCGUCUAAACCAGGGGGCGCACUAA